AUGCACCAUGGUAAAACAAUUAUUGAUCCUGAUAGUGGCGCCGCCCGAAAACCAGAGAUUAUCACAUUUUACAAUUGCACAAAGGGUGGGGUUGAUGUAGUAGAUGAGAUGUGUGGCACAUACUCAACAGCCAGGAAAACCAACAGAUGGCCCCUUUCAGCCUUUUUUCAUCUUCAGGAUGUGGUUGGGGUCAAUAGUUUUGACAGAUCAGCGCUUGAUGAGAACAACUUGGCUCAAAUUGCAAAUCUUACCAAGUUUAUCAGGACCAACAUUAUAGAAAUUCUCCAGGAAGGUGAACCUGCUGCUGCUGAAGAGGAGCAAGCAGAACAAGAUUCAAGAAAAAGGAAGAGAUGUAAAUUAUGUGCGAGAACUGGUAACAAAUCUUAUCACACUUGUGCGAUUUGCAAAAUAUAUAUCUGUGUAAAUCAUGGCAAACUUACAUGCCUGAAUUGCCUGAAAAAUACUCCGUAG